AUGCGGCCAUGGACUGGUUCCUGGCGUUGGAUUAUGCUUAUCCUCUUUGCUUGGGGAACUUUACUCUUUUAUAUUGGAGGACACCUGGUACGAGACAGUGAGCAUCCAGAUCACUCUAGUCGCGAAUUAUCCAAGAUACUUGCUAAACUUGAACGUUUAAAGCAACAAAAUGAAGACUUAAGGCGGAUGGCAGAAUCUCUCAGGAUACCAGAUGGUCCCAUUGAUCAGGGACCAGCUGCAGGAAAGGUACAUGCUUUAGAGGAGCAACUUUUAAAGGCCAAAGAACAGAUAGAAAACUAUAAGAAGCGGACAGGAAAUGGAGGCCUUGGAAAAGACCAUGAAAUAUUGAGGAGGAGGAUUGAAAAUGGGGCUAAGGAACUUUGGUUUUUCCUCCAGAGUGAAUUGAAGAAGUUGAAAAAUCUAGAAGGAAGUGAACUACAAAGACGCAUUGAUGAAUUUCUGUCUGAUUUGGGUCAUCAGGAAAGGUCAAUAAUGACCGACUUGUACUACCUCAGUCAAACAGAUGGAGCAGGAGACUGGCGAGAAAAAGAGGCCAAAGAUCUAACAGAUUUGGUACAGAGGAGAAUAACUUAUCUACAGAAUCCGAAGGAUUGCAGCAAAGCUAAGAAACUUGUGUGUAAUAUCAACAAAGGCUGUGGCUAUGGUUGUCAACUUCAUCACGUAGUCUACUGCUUCAUGAUUGCUUAUGGCACUCAGCGAACACUCAUUUUAGAGUCUCAGAAUUGGCGCUAUGCUACCGGUGGCUGGGAGACUGUAUUUAGGCCUGUAAGCGAGACCUGUACUGACAGAUCAGGUACCACCACUGGACACUGGUCAGGUGAGGCUAAUGAUAAGGAUGUUCAGGUGGUGGAACUUCCCAUUGUUGACAGCUUACACCCACGGCCACCUUAUUUACCGUUGGCUAUCCCCGAAGACCUGGCUGAUAGGCUAAUUCGUGUACAUGGGGAUCCUGCAGUGUGGUGGGUCUCGCAGUUUGUGAAAUACUUGAUUCGUCCACAGCCUUGGUUAGAAAAAGAAAUAGAGGAAGCCACAAGGAAACUCGGUUUCAAACAUCCAGUGAUCGGUGUUCACGUUCGAAGGACAGACAAAGUAGGAACAGAGGCAGCAUUUCAUCCCAUUGAAGAACGGUUUGAACUUCUUGCUCGCAGAAUGCUUGUUGAUAAAAAAAGAGUGUAUUUGGCUACAGAUGACCCUUCAUUGUUGCAAGAGGCAAAAUCCAAGUAUCCAAAUUACGAAUUUAUCAGUGAUAACUCCAUAUCCUGGUCAGCAGGACUUCAUAACCGAUACACUGAAAACUCCCUAAGAGGUGUUAUUCUGGAUAUUCACUUUUUGUCUCAGGCAGACUUCCUGGUCUGUACAUUUUCGUCCCAGGUUUGUCGAGUUGCCUAUGAAAUUAUGCAGACAUUGCAUCCAGAUGCUUCAGCGUAUUUCCAUUCUUUGGAUGAUAUCUACUACUUUGGGGGACAGAAUGCCCACAACCAGAUUGCUAUUUAUGCUCAUCAUCCACGAACUGCUGAUGAAAUUCCUAUGGAACCUGGAGAUAUAAUUGGAGUAGCUGGAAACCACUGGGAUGGUUAUUCAAAAGGCAUCAAUAGGAAAUUAGGAAGAACAGGCCUGUACCCGUCCUAUAAAGUUAAGGAGAAAAUUGAGACGGUCAAGUAUCCUACAUACCCGGAGGCUGACAAGUAGAUUAAAAGGAAGACAUUUGGCAGUAAUUCUCAAUUUUGAUUGGUUUGAACCAGUCAACACACUAACUAAUGGUUUAUAUGGGAUUUGAAUUUGCAUUUUAACAUGCAGUUAAAAUCAAAGCCUUUAGCAAUGAAACUGGAUAAGAAGCUGAGAACAAAUGGAUGGGCUAUUGUCUGAACUUACUCUUAAACAUUUUUUGUUAUAUGCACUCUCACACAUGCACACACAAAACCAUAUAAAACAGGAAAACUGUUGUUUUAUACUUUUUGUCUCUUCCCAGGAUUUGUCCCAGUCAUUAGUCUUACGUGAGCUUUGGGCUCUUUUCUCUGCCAUUAAUUGACAGUAAUGUUCAGACUUAUAACACUGCCACAUUGUGUAAUUUGAGUGACAUGAACAUAUUUUGUAUGUGCAAAAUUUAAAACAUGGUGCCUAUAUUUGAAAAAUUUGUGACCUUUUUAGAAGAGCCAUGCCUAUUUCACAAUGGGCAAGAGUCAAUCUUCAACUGGUGUUACCGUGACCACUGAACUUGCUUCAAACAACAGACUCAGAUUUCAGACUAGAUUUCUUUAAAGUUUAUUUUUAGCAUUCCAUUGAUUACUUCUCAUCAUUAAUAAAAUAAAGGAUACAUCCAACAA